AUGGAAGCAAGUUUGCUUCAGCAAUAUCAAAUUCAGCAGCAAGAUCCAUCAUGCGUGAAUAGAUGUACGCUGCAAUGCGUUGCGGAUCAGAUAGGACAAUGUCAAAAAUAUUGUCAACAAUCAUGUGGUCCUGCAACGAGUCAACAGUCACAAUAUUAUGGAACAUCCGCAUGGAAGAACGGUCCUGUUUACCUUAUGCCCGGAGCAACUACAUGGAAGAACGGUCCUCUUUACCUUAUGCCCGGAGGAACUUCAUAUAAUCCACGCCUGCAAUCUGGUGGGAUUACUGGUAGUCUGUCAAGGCGAUAUCAGAUGAUUGGACGACUUAAUGGAGUAAUGAGCGACAAUUCCAUGAAUGCAAUUUGUGUUAAAGUUUGCAUGCCCUCUUGCAAACCACAAUGUAUUGCUAACCCACCAGUUUUACCCGAACCUCUUCCAGUUGUUCCCCAGCCAAUGCCUGUUCCAGUUGCACCUCAACCUAUGCCUAUUCCAGUUGCUCCCCAACCAAUGCCUAUUCCAGUUGCUCCCCAACCAAUGCCUGUUCCAGUUCUUCCCCAACCAAUUCCUGUUCCAGUUGCUCCCCAACCAAUGCCCGCUCCAAUUACUCAAAGACCUGUCGUAUCACAACCCAGAAUCUGCACCGCAGUGUGUAUGCCCACAUGCAGUCAACAAUGCAUCAGCAAUCAGCUGCAACCUUCAUCCGUCGUACCUGAACCUGUUGUUGUUGCUCCUGAACCAGUUCCAGUUGUUCCUCAACCCAUGCCUGUUCCCGUUAUUCCUCAACCGAUGCCACGAAUCGUUGUGCCACAACCAAGGAUCUGUAUUGCCGUUUGCAUGCCUACAUGCAGUGAGCAGUGCAUUAUCAGCCAGAUAAACCGUCAAUCAUACAUUCAUUGA